AACAUUUCCGAUGAAUCCAGGCCUGAGGAUUUGCGCCGUGAGUUUGGUCGUUAUGGGCCAGUAGUAGACGUCUACAUUCCACUUGACUUCUAUUCACGCCGACCAAGAGGAUUUGCAUAUAUUCAAUAUCCUUUCCCUUCUAAAAAAAUGUAAAGGCAUCCAGUUGUUGUGGAGCCUGGAGAAAGAGUAAGAAUGUCCGGUGUAGAGUAGAUCUAAAGACAAGCAGCAAAAGACCGCCAGGAUGCAAGAAAGAGAGAGAGGGAAAGGUUGAAAGAGAAUUUAAAGCUUGAAGAGACAAAGAGGAAAAAGAGGGGACGGAGUCGAGGCUUGGAUAUGUCGUCAAAAGAAAGAGGAAAAGGGAAGAGAUUAAAGGGCAAAGACGAGCAGGAAACCCAAGUUCUUCUGGGAGGCGAUUAAAGAGCUUAAAGAUCAAGAUGAAAGUCAAAGUCAAGUAUGUUUAAGGUAACAAACCUGAAUUAUUUUGUAUCCUCACAAAUAUAAUGAAUCAACAAAUAUUACAUGAAAAUCUAUCAAUAAAUAGCCAAUGUGAAAAUUUGAUUCUUAAUUCAACUAAGAAAUUGUUACUCUUAUCAAUAUAUUUUGCAUUUGAUAAUAUAAUUUGAAACUGAAGCGGUAUUGAUUCCUCAGUGCAAGCCAUCAAAUAAGAGACAUAUUAUUGAAACAUGUUUGCCUCAUCUUCAAUCUUGAGAAGAACCCAACAUUCUCAUAACAAAUGUGUUCCAGAACCUAAGCUUUGCUUUAUGCUGUCAGCCAAUAUGGCUUCCAUUUCGAUUAAGUGGCAGAAGAUACAUUGUAUUACAACAGUAUUGCUGAAAAGAAUGUAGUCACAUAAGACCACAGGUAAGAACCUUAACAGCUCAGCAAGUUUGAAGAUGUGCGCGACGCUGAAGAUGCUCUGCACAACCUGGACAGGAAGUGGGUGUGUGGCCGACAGAUUGAAAUCCAAUUUGCGCAGGGAGACCGAAAGAGUAAGGCAGUUUCACAAAUGUCCUGUGUUUCAUGAAGUAACACUGUACAGUAUCAAGCAGAAUGUCUUGUUCGCGAUAUACUGAUGUUACUUUCAGCUGUAAUUUCAAAUACAUGUUUUCUAUCAACACGUGGUACAACUGCAAUACCUUUCAAGGAAAGCUAAACCACUGUGUACUGUAUGUUUGCUUGGUGGGUUUCUCUCUUCUCCCAAACCCCCUUUUUUCCAUCACAGCACCCAAUCAGAUGAAAGGAAAGGAGGGGGGAUCUUCGCGCAGCUCUUCGCGGCAUGAUGAUCAGGAUUAUGAUCGGGACAGCCGUCGUAGGCGCUCUCGCAGCCGUAGCUACCAAAGACGGAGGUCACGCAGCCCAUCCUACGAUCGCCGGCCCAGACGCUCUGAGAGUCCCAGAGACUCCCGUGGAAGGAUGUACGGCGGUAGAGGAAGAAGCAGGAGUCCGGAAAACGACAGGCACCGACCCCACCCACGUGACCACCGACGACCCCCCCCUGGGCAUUCCCCUCACAGCCAAUCCCGCUCCCCUUCUCACUCCAGAUCCAGGCCCAGGGCCCAGAGGGAGUCCAGAGGAAAGUCUCGUUCCCGCUCUAAGUCCCUGAGCCCACGAGAUGGCGACAUCCACCCAGCACCCGGAGGCUAUGAGCCGCAGGACGAUGCAUCGCCUCGUAUGCACUCCCCGUCCCGCUCGCAUUCUCGCUCCCUCUCACGGUCCCGUUCUCGCUCCAGGUCCUGGACAGGACGCAAGUCAGGGGGACACUAAAACAUGUUUGUUGGAUCCUUUUGAUUGUAGUUGUCCAAAAUGGCUUGCUGGAUAAUUGAAUGUUCAUGGAACGGUUGUUGGUUGGUUUGUGAAAAUGAUCUUCCUUUGUAGUUUUUUGCUUCUUUUUUUCACGUUUUUUUUUAAUGGAUGACAAAAGAGAAACACAAUAUCCUGUUUAAAUCAGUCCCAGAAAUGUCACCUUUUUUAUAUUUACACACCCUCCGUUUCUAGUCAUUAUAUCCAAUACACUGAGUGUACGAAACAUUAGGAAUAGCUUCCUAAUAUUUAAUUACACCCCCCCCCCCCCCUUUUGCCCUCAGAACAGCCUCAAUUCAUUGGGGC